AUCAUUGUGACAUAUAGGGUGCAGAGGCUGCCCAUAAAAAGGCAAGCUCACGCCGGAGUGCUUGGGCUCUUUCAGGCCCAAAAGUUCAGGUGAUUAUUGACAGUUGGUAGCCAAAAGCAGGUAAAUGCUCAGUGACACCACUAUCAGCGGCCGAGUACCCAUUAAAGACCUCAGCACCUUGCCACAGAGAGAGAGAGAGAGAGAGAUUUCUGCAUUGUGGUAGCAGCCUAGAGAGAGGAAUAACAGGAAGAGCUUUCUGCUUGGUGGCAGCAGCCUAGAGAGAGCAAAGAGGGGGAGGAAGAUGGUGAUCUGUCCCUUGCAGUAGUCUGGAAAGACUCCCCUGCCUUGCAGUAGGAUAGAACGAGAUGAGAAGACAAUGGUUUUCUGUCACAUCCAUCAGCUUACCUGCGAUCCUUCGCUGUUAAAUUUGUGGUAGAAACUGAAAGGAAGAACUACGAAAGAAAACACUCUUUCAAGUUCUUAGAGAUAAGGAAGCACCAAACCCAACGCCUCCCUUCUUACUUCUUAGGGAUAAGGAAGCACCAGACCCCAUCAAUCCACGACUUUUCCUUUCUUCCAGGCUCUCUCUUUUUUUUCCUCUCUCUCUCCUGUCUUGCGUGACCCUGAAACUCCCCUUUUAUCCUCUCCGUGGGACGCCAACUUCAAGAAAGCACCAAAAGACAAAAAAAACAGAGGCCAGAGAAGAAAGAGAAAAACACAUGCGAGUGCAAACAUCCUCCUCAAAGCGAGUGGCGAGGUGUCAAUAUGAAUAGGGGUCGAACUUUUCGCAUCAAACACUUGUACAUUUUCUAAAGAGCUAUGGCUUAAGUGUCCUCCCAUAAUCCAUCCCAGCCCAUUUUCCAUUUCUGUUCUUCAGCAGUUUCCCCCCGCAAGGUGUGUUUUUGGGAAGUGGGCAACCAUGGCUGAUGGAGAUUUUGAUGAAGAUGAAGUGUGGUCCGUCAUUGGACAUAAGGAGAAGAUGGAGGCUGCCUUAAGAGGUAAGAAGAGCAGAGAUGCGUCUACAACAAAGAGAGGAGCAUAUAGCGCCUCUAGGAUGAUCCCCAAGGUCGGUGCUUCUGCCAGCAGUCCUGAGGGCAGAAUUGUCCGACAGUCUGCCCCUGUGAACAUCCCUGACUGGUCGAAUGUCUACAAGAAGAGUCUGAAGCCACCAUGGGGUGUUGACGAUGAGGACGAGGAGGAUGGUAGUGGCGCUAGUUGCUAUGCUCAUGGUUUUGAAGAUGGUGCUGAUAACGAUGAUAUUGAAGAGGGUGAUGAUGAUAGGUUACCUCCACAUGAAUUCAUUGCCAGGAAGCUUGCAAGGAACCAUAUUACCCCAUCUUCUGUUUAUGAAGGUGCUGGAAGGACCCUGAAAGGGAGAGAUCUCAAGAAGGUCAGGAAUGCUGUUCUGACUAGCACUGGUUUUCUAGAGUGAAGUAAUAUGCCAACCGUUUUUUCAGAUUUUCAGACCUCAUGGCUUCAUGGAACUCUGGCCUUUCUUUCCCUUUUUCUUUUUCCUUUUACUCUGCGUUUUGGUGUUGGUUCUGCCCAAAUAUAUUCUUUCUUUUUUCCUUUUACAGAUGAUACCAGAGUGUCAGGUGCCACUUUUUGGACCCUUUGGCAGCCUGAGCUUUUUCUCUCUAGUGUCAUCUGUUCAGGUUUUGAGAGACAAGGGUUUUAUGUCUAAUUUAUCUAGCUUCAUCCUGUUCUAGUUUGAGAGAAAUGAAUGCCAACUCAUGAAUAAUUUUGAUUUCCU